GACGACGAGGAUUUUAGUUUUAUACAACUUAUGACUUUAAUACAAUACUAAUUAGUAUUUCUCUUUGUUCCAGGGUUCGUAGUAGCGGUAUCAGUAGGACUUUUACUAUUCGGAAUAAUAGUUGUGAUAUUUUUCAUGAGCUGGGUCAAAUUAGUAAUAAAUCACGAAGUUACGUUACGAGAAGGCUCAAAGGCAUUCGGUUGGUGGGCGAAACCGCCAGUUGUGCCAGCGAUUAGGGUGUACAUCUAUAAUGUCACGAACGCAGACGAGUUCCUUAACAACGGUUCCAAGCCCAUCGUCGACGAACUGGGACCCUAUGUAUACGUUGAAAAAUGGGAGAAGAAGAACAUAAAGUUCCACGAUAAUGGAACGGUAUCGUUCAACCAAGAAAAGAUUUACACAUUUGACGAAUCGCAGUCAGCGGGCAGUGAGGACGACGUAGUUGUAGUACCAAAUAUUCCGAUGUUGAGCGCAACAUCGCAGUCAAAACAUGCCGCUCGGUUUUUGAGGCUAGCGAUGGCUAGCAUAAUGGACAUACUGAAGAUAAAGCCGUUUGUGGAAGUCUCGGUGGGGCAGUUGCUGUGGGGUUACGAAGAUCCUUUGCUUAAACUAGCAAAGGAUGUCGUACCCAAAGAACAGAAAUUACCUUACGAAGAGUUCGGACUUAUGUACAAGAAAAACGGUACCAGCGAGGAUACAGUGACGAUGUGGACUGGGGCAGGGGACAUCAGCCGAUACGGCUUGAUCAACAGAUUCAACGGAAAGAACAAUCUCUCGCACUAUUUGACUGAUGAGUGCAACAGUGUGAUGGCAUCUGAUGGAAGUAUCUUCCCACCUCACAUGACUAAGAACACAACCCUCUACAUAUUCGACAAGGACCUGUGCAGGCGAUUACCACUUGUGUUUGAGAAAGAGGUAAAGGGCAGCGACGACAUUCCAGCAUAUCGAUUCACUCCUCCAAAGAACGUUUUUGCAAGCGUUGAAGAAAAUCCUGACAAUGCCUGCUUCUGCCCGCAAGGUCCCCCAUGCGCGCCAUCUGGUUUCUUCAAUGUCUCGCUCUGUCAAUAUGAUUCGCCGAUACUGCUGUCAUUCCCUCACUUUUAUUUGGCCAAUGACAGUUAUAGGACAGCUUUCGAUGGAAUAUCACCAGCAGAUCCAGAAAAACAUAAAUUCUACCUUGAUGUUCAACCCGUAAUGGGUACCGCAAUGGCCGCCAAAGCUAGAGUGCAGAUCAACCUGGCAGUUUCGCAGGUAGUGGACAUCAAACAAGUUGCUACAUUCCCAGAUAUCGUCUUUCCUAUUAUGUGGUUUGAAGAGGGUCUUGACUCGCUGCCAAAAGAAAUGACCGGUCUGAUGGGUCUCGCCACGUAUGUACCACCGGUAGCGCGUGCUUCCCUUUCCGGAAUUCUAUUCGGCCUUGGGUCGGUACUACUCAUCUUGGCGGUGUGGAGGCUAGUACGAGGGGCGAGCCGAUUGAGCUCUCUACAAUUGGCCACCGGAAAUACUGUUUCCAAUGGGAAUCCCACAAAGCCUAAAUAUUAGCUGAUGGGGUUGUAGGGUAGAGAAAUGAAGAUAUAAAUGGGACUGAUACACCACGAUCAUGGAAAACUGAAAAAUUUGUUGUGAAACAUCAUGAAAAUAUUCUCUAGUAGAAAACGAAAGGAUUUUGGUGAUGAUUUUUUAACUGUUUUGUCUACUUAGAAGAAACAUUAGACCAUUGAAACAAUCUAAAAUAAAGACUGUUGCAUAGAAUUGUGUAUUGUAAUUCAAAAAUUUUGCAGGAUCAUCAGUUGAAUUAAAAAUAUGUAUACAAUAUCAAUAAUAAUAAAAAAUGGGGAAGGGAAAAUGAAAUAAAAAUAUGCGAAAAGGAAAAUUUAAGCAAAUAUCCAUUUGUCAAACAUUUUAGUGAAAUGUGUUCAAGGGGAAUUUCAAAAUUUUAAUAAGCGUUGGAAAUUCAAUUAUAGACAGUUUCAACAGCAUGUUCAUAUUUAAAAAAAAUAUUGAUUGACCGUGGUGUAUCACUCUCAGGUAAUGUACAAAGAUCAUGAGAGGGAAAUGGGUAAAAAAUAAAUUCAAACAAAGACCAACAUACAUGUAUCCGUCCUUUAGUCUAAGCGUUGCAAUUCGAACCUAAGUAUAAAUUAUUCCAUUCGACAUGUGAUUUUUUAAUGUAUGACAAUAAUUAUGGCUACAAAAUCUGUGUGGAACUCUAUUUUCUGUGGGAUUAAAGCAUCACAAUUGUAUUGCUAUUAGCAGUUAGCAACAAACUUUGACUUCUCUAACAUGAUCUUAUGAGACUUCAUGUAUUGUUUUCUACAGAAAAAAGAGAUCUACAUAAACUGUGAAAUAGUGUACUUAAAUAAGAAUUUUAUAAUUUUGAUAAAAAUAAAAGCAAAAAUAAAUACAACGAAAAAUACCUUUAUUUGAAGGUAUGUGAUAGCUUUUAUUGACUCUGAGUUUUUUUAUUGCUAUUUUUUAAUCGUGUAAGGCGGUUAGGGUAGGGACAAAAUUUGCAAUUUCUUUUCGUUCAUGCAUAUCAAGUGGAGGAUCUGCUGUUUACAUUGUAAAUUUUGUACAGUGACAUUAAGCAAUAACGGUGAGUACGAAUAUUUCCAACAAGAAGUAAAAGAUGCUCAUGAAAAAAUAGAAAAAGCUCAAUUUUCGUUUAGAGGGGUGCUGUGUAAAUACAAUCAAAGGUAGCAAGCAAGUGUCAGAUAAUUUUAAUGACUGUAAAAGUACACGUUGUAAAUGUUUUAGGUGUAUUGAUAGUUUUAUAUUUUUUAUUAGUGUUUUAUCAAGUUUUUUUGUAAAGGAUAUCUAAUAAAAAUGGAACAAAU